UCGUUGAGAGUAUAAAAGGGUCCAGCAACUCAUGGAGCAAUGUACAGAGCAACCAUGGGCAAACUACUCAUCUGCGUUGGACUGGCUCUCCUGCUGCAUGUGCAGCUAGGAUCCUCCUACAUCCUCUCCUGUUAUUUCACUAACUGGGGCCAGUACCGGCCAGGAGCAGGCAAGUAUUUCCCCGCCAACGUGGACCCCUGUCUCUGUGACCAUCUGAUCUAUGCCUUUGCCGGCAUGGCCAACAACGAGAUCAAGACCUACGAAUGGGACGAUGAGAAACUCUACGGACAGUUCCAGGCUCUCAAGAACCAGAACAGCAACCUGAAGACUCUGCUGGCCAUUGGAGGAUGGAAUUUUGGCACUCAGCCGUUCACAGCAAUGGUGUCCAGUGCAGCCAACCGCCAGACGUUCAUCAGCAGCGUUAUCAAGUUCCUGAGGCAGUACCAGUUUGACGGCCUGGACAUUGACUGGGAGUAUCCCGGAUCCAGAGGCUCCCCACCCGCAGACAAGGCCAGAUUCACCACCUUGCUGCAGGAGCUGAUGGCUGCCUUUGAGACUGAAGGAAAGAACACCAACCGUCCUCGUCUGAUGCUGACUGCAGCUGUUUCUGCCGGAAAGGGAACCAUCGACACCGGAUACCAGAUCGCCGAGAUUGGAUUGGUGUUGGACUAUCUGCAUGUGAUGACCUAUGACUUUCAUGGAUCUUGGGAACACAACACUGGAGAAAACAGCCCUCUCUACAGAGGACCAACUGAUCAGGGAGACUACAUCUACUUCGAUGUGGACUAUGCUAUGAAGUACUGGAAGAGCAAUGGUGCCCCCGCUGAGAAGCUCCUGGUUGGAUUCCCCACCUACGGCCACACCUUCAAGCUGGCCAGUGGCUCUAACACUGGAGUGGGCGCUCCCGCCAMUGGCCCCGGCCCCGCCGGACCAUUCACCAGACAGUCUGGCUUCCUGGCYUACUACGAGAUCUGCACCUUACUGAAGCAGGGAGCUACCCAGGCCUGGGACUCUGCCCAGAUGGUGCCCUACGCCUACACCCAGCAGAACAUCUGGGUUGGAUAUGACAACGUCAAGAGUUUCCAGGACAAGAUCGAGUGGCUGAAGAACACUGGCUUCGGCGGAGCCAUGGUGUGGAGUCUGGAUCUGGAUGACUUCUCUGGAACCUUCUGUGGACAGGGCAGAUACCCACUGAUCAACACCCUCAAGUCUGGACUGGGAACCGGAGCCGGUUGUGCCGCCCGUAAAGACCCCAUCGCCCCAGUGACCCCUACCCAGCACCCACUUAACCCCCCACAGCCCGGAGGUCAAGGUGGCAGCAGCAGCGGUGGCAGCAGCGGCGGUGGCAGUAGUAGCAGCGGAUCUGGCUUCUGCGCCGGGAAGGCUGACGGAAUAUACCCUGACCCCACCAAUACCAACCACUUCUACAAUUGUAGCCAGGGCAAGACCUACGACCAGCAGUGUGCUGCCGGCCUGGUGUUCGACGCCAGCUGCAAGUGCUGCAACUGGGCCUAAGAAACCAUAGUUCCCCUUAUUAAUGAAGGAGCUGGGUCUAAAGGUUAUGUGGUUGUUAGGGCCACUGUUGUCAUGUCCUAUUCUAACAUCAGCUCCAUGUAACCUGUCAAAACCACUCUAAUAAACUCCCAACAUAUGAAUGCA